CUUCUCUCCUGCUCGCUCCUUUGUAACACGGCCUUCUUCUCCAUCUCGAAUCGCCUCUGCGCAUAGCCGAUCCGCACCUCAAGGCCUGAUCCUCAGCUCAAUUGCGUUUGGUUUGGAGCGCCCAUCCGUUGCGCAACACACAGAGCGGGGCACCAGCCGGCUGGUAGCAAACAGCUCAACCAGCUCGAUUUUGCGACUCGACUCGUUUCUUCUUCUUCCCAAUCCCCUUCAACCUGCUUCAUAGACAGCAGUUCUCCAAGGCGACUCUCCUAUCCACCAUGUCUGGCCAGCAACCCCAAUACUAUCCGCCUCCUCCCGGCGCGCCUCCAGGACAAGUGCAUUCGCCGCCGCAACAGCAACAACAGUAUGCGCCUCCCCCCCAGCAGCAGCAGCCGCAGCAGCAGUAUGCGUCUCCUCCACCACAGCAGCAGUAUGCGUCUCCCCCUCAGCAGCAACAGUUUGCGCCCCCUCCUCAUCCUCCCCAAGGAACGCCCGGCUAUGCCCCCCCACCACAGCAUACGCCGUCCCCUCAAGUCCAGCAGCCUUACCAACAGGCACCGCCGCAACAGCAACAGCCAGCACAGUUUGUUGGAGCCGUAUCGACGACCGAUGACGUUGGAACCUUUAACGGGGGAAGCUACCGCAUUAGCCAUCGCGAUUCCAACACAAUUCUUACUAUCCAAUUAGCCAACGGCGCCCCAAUUCAUGCCAAGCCAGGUGCCAUGGUUGCCAUGUCUCCGUCCAUCACUCUCAAGGGCCAUAUCAAGUUUAGCGUCAAGAAGAUCAUUGCUGGCGGAGAACUCUCCAGCUCUACCUUUACGGGGCCUGGAGAACUUAUUCUCGCGCCGUCGUCUCUGGGAGACAUCACUAGCAUUAGGCUGACCGGCAGUGAGACAUGGUCGGUAGGAAAAGAUGCCUAUCUGGCUUAUACGCAAGGCAUAAACAAAGACUACAAGCGCCAAGGCUUGGGCAAAGCGAUUUUCAGUGGGGAGGGCCUGUUUGUUUACAAGGUAACCGGAACUGGCCUGCUUUGGGUUUCAAGUUUUGGUGCCAUCAUCAGAAAAGAUCUUGCGCAAGGCGAAAAGUAUAUCGUGGAUAACGGCCAUCUGGUGGCGUGGAAUACGAGCUAUGUCUUGGAACGCGUUGCCUCAGGAGGCAUCAUUUCCGGCUUGUCUUCCGGAGAAGGCCUUGUUUGCAAGUUUACGGGCCCUGGUACGGUCUUUAUGCAGACUAGAAACGCACAAGAGUUUGCUGCUUUUAUUGGUGGUGUUGCUCCUCAGGAUGUUUAGGAAACCGGAGGAUUCUCGUACCUUUUGCCGACCAAGUGUAUAUGUAUGAAGCUGAUAUGUGUCCUUUUUUAUUUUGGUGUGGAAGCGGUCUAUCAAUUUUGUACUACCUACUUUGAAUACAUUUUGCUUUUCCUUGGGGUUUUGAUAUUAGCAAUAGCUGAGAGCCUUUUUGCCAAAUAAUAUUGAAGAAUGAAAUAGAAUCUUGGGAAAGCUAUAAGACGCUUCUUGCUGGGCUAGAC